UGUCAGUGUCCAUUGUCAGUCAAUUGUCAUUCAAACAUGAAAUAUUCUUAGUUCUUAUUCUGGUUAAAAAUUUUGAUCUUUCAUCCAGUUUUAUAUCCUUCCUAGAUUUAAAUCGCAUAGUGAAUUAAGAUUAUUGUUAUUUAUGGCCAAAAAAUGAAAAAACUGAUUGAUCGGACAGCGUGAGAGCAUUCGGUAUUACAUAUAUUUUAAUAAAAUUUCCAGGCGUUUAUGUAAUGCGCCUUGUGAUUUUAUCUAAAAUAUAUCAAAUCUAAGCUGUAAAAUGUCGAGCAGAUACAGAUUUUUUUGGACCAAAUUUUGCCGAGCAUCCAGCUGUUUUAGAUCUAUUCAGAAUAAUUAUUCAAGUAUUCAUGCUUCAAGGAUUCCUAGAACAACAAAACCAUUUAUAUUGGGAUUUUCUCUAUUCACUUGGCUCGGAUUCGACAAAAAGCUAACUGCUGAAGAUGAACUUGUUCACACCAUUAAGCAUUGCAUUUUGUUUAUACAGAAGAAUGAAUAUGAAAAGGCUGAACAGUUACUUCACGUAGCAUUAAGACAAGCUCAACAGAUUCAUCAUGAACUUGGAAUCACUUAUAUUUACGACGUUAUGGCGAAUUUAGCCCUGCAGAGGGAAGAGCUAGACAAAGCAAAGCAGCUUUUUAUUGUUGUAACUCAAAGAAUCAUGGGAAAUGGUACUUCUGAAGAUGAUCCUAGAGUGUUACAUCUCAGUGUCAAAUUGGCAAGAGUGUGCCAUCUGAAGAAGGAUUAUACAACAGCUCAAUUGGGAUUUGACUGGUGUUUAGAGAAACUGUAUAAAUUAGCAGAAACUGAUCCUUCACCAAAUACAAAACAGCUCCUAUCUAUGGCUGAAGACUGGUGUGGGCGUCUGUAUCUAGAUGUCGAUAGGUGUGAAGAUGGCCUCAAGCUUAUGAAGAACUCCUUAAAUAGGAUGAAAGAGUUGCCUGAUUUUGAGACAGAACAUCUUGUGGUGCAACUGAAUGACAUUGGCACUGUGUGUGAUCGUUUAGGUCAGACAGAUGAGAGUAUAAAAUAUUUCAAAGAAGCCAUUGAUUUGGCCAAGUCCCUGGAGAUGGAUGACUUAGGAACUAUGUAUGUUAAUCUAGGAAGGGCAUAUCUAAAAACAUCAUUACUAGAUGCAGCAAGGAAGUCUUGUGGCCAAGCUUGGAAACUAGGAGUCCUUGCCAAAAAUCAAGGUGUCAAACAAGAAGCUGAACUAUGCAUAAAACAAAUAAACAAUCUUCUUUAGACAAUGUUUUAUUUAAGAAAAAUAGAGUUGGCAUGUUUUCCUUAUUGUAAUAUUGUAUAACUAUUGUGAACUAAAUUAAUAAAAUCUCAAUGUCCACCAUUAUGACAACGAAAAUGUGGCACAAAUUAA